AUUUGUAGUCAUGAUUUUGAUGGUUAGAUAUCAUUAUUUUAAGUGGAGUAUAUUUAUCGGUGACUAAUGUAAUAGCUCAAGUUCAUCAGUAGCAGCAGCAGCCAUGGCAGCUCUCCUCCUCCUCUCCCUCCCCCUCGCCGUCGCUCUCUACCUCAUCUACUACCGCCUCCGCUUCCGCCUCCCGCCCGGCCCCUUCCCGUGGCCGGUCGUCGGCAAUCUCUACGACAUCAAGCCCGUCCGCUUCCGCUGCUUCGCCGAGUGGGCCCAAUCCUACGGCCCGAUCCUCUCGGUCUGGUUCGGAUCCACGCUCAACGUCGUCGUUUCGAGCUCCGAGCUGGCGAAGGAGGUGCUCAAGGAGAAGGACGGCCAGCUCGCCGACCGCCACCGCAGCCGCUCCGCUAGGAAGCUCAGCAGAGACGGCCAGGAUUUGAUCUGGGCGGACUAUGGCCCGCACUAUGUUAAAGUCAGGAAGGUCUGCACCGUCGUCCUCUUCUCCCCCAAGCGCCUCGAGCUCCUCCGCCCUAUUAGAGAAGAUGAGAUCACCGCCAUGGUCGAAUCCAUCUACCACGACUCCACCGCUUCCUCUGGCAAGAGUGUGGUGAUUAAGAAAUACCUGGCAUCAAUGGCGUUCCACAACAUCACAAGGCUGGUGUUUGGGAAACGUUUCGUGAAUGCUGAAGGAGCAGUGGACAAGCAAGGGCAGGAGUUCAAGGCGAUUGCCAUCAAUGGGCUGAAGCUCGGCGCGUCUCUUGCGAUGGCGGAGCACAUCCCGUGGCUGCGGUGGGCGUUCCCCCUCGAUGAGGACGCCUUCACCCAGCACGGAGCUCGGAUGGAACGCCUCACCCGGGAGAUCAUGCAAGAGCACACCCUUCUCCGCAAGAAGACCGGGGACACCAAGAACCACUUCUUCGACGCCCUCCUCACCCUCAAGGACGAGUACGACCUCAGCGAGGACACCAUCAUCGCCCUCCUAUGGGACAUGAUCGCGGCAGGAAUGGACACCCCAGCCAUAUCCGUGGAGUGGGCGAUGGCGGAGCUGGUCAGGAAUCCGAGGGUGCAGCAGAAGGUGCAGGAGGAGCUGGACCGCGUCAUUGGACCCGACCGCAUCAUGACAGAGCUCGACAUCCCGAACCUUCCCUACCUGCAGUGUGUGGUGAAGGAGUCACUAAGGUUGCACCCUCCCACGCCUCUCAUGCUCCCUCACCGAGCCAACACCAAUGUCAAGAUUGGUGGCUACGACAUCCCCAAGGGCUCCAACGUCAAUGUCAAUGUGUGGGCAGUGGCGCGUGACCCGGCCCUGUGGAAGAAUCCGUUGGAGUUCAGGCCGGAGAGGUUUGUGGAGGAGGAUAUCGAUAUAAAGGGGCAUGAUUUCCGGGUGCUGCCGUUUGGUGCAGGGAGAAGAGUGUGCCCGGGGGCGCAGCUAGGGAUUGACCUCACAACUUCGAUGAUCGGGCAUCUGUUGCACCAAUUCAGCUGGGCUCCUCCCACCGGAAUGAGGCCGGAGGAGAUCAACCUGGAGGAGAAUCCCGGUACAGUCACCUACAUGAAGAAUCCGGUGGAAGCGCUUCCAACGCCGAGAUUAGCUCCUCACUUGUACAGGCGCGUUGCUGUCGACACCAUUUGAGGUCUCUUCAUCAUGCUUGUUGCUGCCUUCCACUCUACAUUAGCUUUUUCCAAAACGUUUUUAUGUUUAUGAGUAAUUUAUUGAAUUUUUCACUUGUUGCAGAAUAAUAGUACUACUACUACUACUA